AUGUCUAACUUUGUGCACAAAGUCAAAGACGCCAUCAGUGACCACGAUAAGCCGGUGACUCGCAGCCAAACUUCUACUGAUCCAAACCCAAACAGAGCAAAUCCCUUCACAUCUGGCUACGGUAGGAAUCAGAACGCUCCUCGAAUGAGUCAUGAAGAAGAUACAGACCCGGGCUUCAACGGCCCUGGUAAUACCGGCUAUGGCACUGACCCCAAUUCCAAGACUCAAACGCCAUAUGGAGAAAACCAGAGAGGUGCAACAAGAGCUUCUGAGGCUAGCCAGCCCAGUUCUGACAUCCGUAAUUCAGCUUUCUCGCCUGAUGAUGCCUCAUCACGCUCUACUAGCUCUUCUGAUAUGAAUGCUGGUCCUCAUCAAUCAAAACUGGCUAACAAGCUAGACCCCCGUGUCGAUAGUGAUAACGGCUUGCAAAGGGGAAAUGCCGGUAAUAAAGGCAUGAACCCGAGCAAUAUGCCAGCUCAACAGGCCCCUUCAGGCUUGCAAAGGGAAAAUGCCGGUAAUAAGGGCAUGAACCCGAGCAAUAUGCCAGCUCAACAGGCCCCUUCAGGCUUGCAAAGGGAAAAUGUCGGUAAUAAGGGCAUGAACCCGAGCAAUAUGCCAGCUCAGCAGCCGGGCUUGAGCCAGGGCGUGGACAAUCAUAGCUCGAGCGAAGAUAAUUUCAGCAAAUCAACUGAGGAACACCGACAUCAGAACCAGCCUGCUCAGUUUGACUAUGAUGGAAAUCAGGUACCCGGUGAAACUCACGAUGAAGAUUUCAGCACCUCCACCGAAGAGCAGAAGUCCCACAAAACCACUAGCCAUAUCAGUCCGUGUACAUCAGGAGGCAUGGAAAAUGAGCAGAUGGUUGAUAGCGGUCCUACUCAACCCAAUUUCGGUGGGAAUAGUGCUGGUGGUAGUAGUAGCUAUAAUCAGAAUGCGGGCAACAGAAUACCAGAAGGGGGACAGGAUACCACAAUGUUUCAAAAGCCCGGCACUGAUAGGACCAAUCUCCCGGCGGGGCAACAAAAUGCGGGCGGUGAUCAGCGCGUGAGGUAUUAG